CUUUGCGUUUGUAGAGAUCCGGUAGAACCAUCCGGGGUGUCAUCUGGUGAUGUUAGUUCAUCCGAACCGGCUUGGCGUACUUGGGCGUGUUGGGGAGAGGGUGAGACUGUGAGAGGGAGAGCAGAGGGGGCCUCCUUCAGCAGGAAGAAGUAGAAGACGCGGUAGAAGAACAUGGAGUGUGCAGCAAAAGGAAUGGGGACUCCCUGCACGGGGCCUGCAACGAGACGCUGCGGUGGUUGUGGAGCCGUCUCCUACUGUUCUUAUUCUCACCAGAUUUCUCAUUGGGACGAGCAUAAAGAAGAAUGUGGAAGACUCAAGAAACAAAUGGAACACGUAGAUGCAUUGUGUGAUUUCCCAUUUACAUUUUCUUCUGAAGUCACAUCUCAGGUGGCCAGCCAGGAGGUUACCAAGUGUUCUUUUUUGCAGUCCCAAGGCCUUCACAAAAUAGGGAUUUGGACAUAUGAGUGCCGAUGUGAGCAGAGUGUAGCUUUAUCUAACUUCUUAAGGAGUAAAGAUCACUGGUAUCUCCCAAAGGAAUUAUGCCCAUGCACUGAGCCUAGUAAUGAUUUGCCAAAGAUUUUAAGCAGUUGGAAGGAAUAUUACAAGUGGAGGUCCCUUCCUUUGUGUUCCCCUGUGGCGCUGCUAUUGCACUGGCCACUUAGCAUAUAUUAUGGAAUCCAACUUGCUUCUCAUGGAAUUUCUCCUGGAUCUAGUGGAGAGUUGCGGAUACAUUAUCUAGGACCUGAAAAGGAGCUGCACCAACUUCCAGCUUUUGGGGAGCUACGUGUACUCUUUCCUGGAGUUCAUGUCUUCAUAGAACUAGUUGGACCUUCUAUACCUCAAAAUGGAGAUGGUGAGUGUGCUAUUAUCAGCGGGUAUCCCAAGUGUCUUGAUGAGGAAUGCAAGUGCAAGUUCUUGGAUGAGAAUAAAGCCAAUGAUACAGACAACUACAAAGUAAAUUUGCGACUUUGGCGAGGCUUUUAUCAUGACCGUUUCAGAGAUAUAGUGAAGAAUGGUCUCCCUCAUUAUAUUGUUGGUCCAAAUGCGGGUAUUGCAGCUUAUGCCAGCUGGAAGCCAACAGUUGAGUUAAUAAGAAACUUGAAUGUGCCCGCCAUAUUCUCUGAUUAUUCUGAAGAAGCAGCAAAUCUUGCUGCACGUUGUGUAAGCACUGUAACUGGCCAUUCAUUAUCACUGCCUAUACAACUAAAUCCAUUUAGACAGCCAUUCAUGGUGGAGGAUGCAGCUCUAUGCGUUCCCUGUUUCUCCAAUUGUUUUUUCUUUGGCAUGUGACUUUUGCACCAAAUGCUGGUGUCUUCAUAAAGCAUCUCCUUUUGCCAGAUCCGGCAGAAAACCUACAGUUUCAAUCCAACAGUCAGACAUCUGCGGAGGAUAUAAUUUUCAUUGGCUUGCUAAAAGAAGCAUUGGUUAUCAGUUUUGAGUCCCAUAUCUAUCAACUAUUAAUUGCGAGUUGCGACCAACACAAAGAUGAUACCCGUCUGGGAGCACUUGCUCAGAUUCAGCUGAUUUGCUAUAAUGAAAGAACCUCCUUUCCCUGCAUAGUCAACAUGUCUGCAUGUGUAUAAAGACGUUUCGUGAUUCUAGCUGGGUGGUAGCCCCUCUUUUUAUUGGAAACUACAUGCAGAAAUAGAUUAUGCAGCAGAAUAAGUUCACAUACUAUAAUAGAACACAUUGAGAAGACUGGUUGUGCUAGAAGGAUUACUCUUCACCACAAGGAGUCAUGCAUGUGUUGUACUUCACUGAUGGAUCUAAUCCAUGAGCAUAGAAUGCCUACUUGCUCAUGGACACAAAAAGGAUGAAUUGUCAUAACUAUCCAGUUCAUGAUUAUCAAUUAGAUGCAUGACUGUGGCGUGAUUUUCUGGUGGCUGGCGCCAUAUUGGAGAUGCCGACAUAGUUUUCAGUGGAAUCCUGCAAAACAGCCUUGUCCAAUUUUUUCUAAAGCACGGAAUAUGAUAUGAGCAGCCCACAGGAGCUUUUCAUAAUUUUCUGUACAACCUCUACCAGAUCUCUGUGAACAUUUUACUGACUGGAUGGGAGUUCUCUUCAUGGCUAAUGUUAUCAUACAUAACCUGGGUCUUUGUAACAAUGAUAAUUAUGAUAUCAGAGGUUUGAAGCCAGCAAUUUUUUAACUUUGAGAGAUUGGAAACACUACCGUGCCAUGGAGUCGUUUGACAAUAUGCUGGAUCAGAAAAUAGUUUGACGACUUCAAAUAUUAGCGUCAAAUACCAUGCAAUGAUUGGCAUCCGUGCACCUGCUCCACGUAAAUGGUAGCAAGACCAGUCACAAGUUUCAUCUUUUGGGAAUAUCUAAUCUCUCCAUAACUGCAAGAUAGGCAAUUUCCUGCUGUUGGGAAGGCCACAUUUAUUAUUUUGUUAGUUUUUCCUAAGUUUAUUUCUUGAUUCACGUAAUUAUAACUGAGCUGGUGUUUUUAUAGGGAUUCUGUCUAGGACGUUAGACUUGAGCCGUUAAGUUGAAGGAAGUCGAAAAUUUGAUUACCUUAUGCAUAUUUUUUCUGUAAUCUAGCAGAGUGUUGCCUAAUCUCAUUUGGGAGGAGUCUGCCAUGAGAUGUUGGCAUUAAGCUUUA